GCAGCUUCGAAAUCCAACUGUUCGGACAUGGCAAAAUUUCUGCCCGUCCAUGGCGCUAUUUGACGUGGCUGUUGGUUGUUCAAGUAGGCAGCUCCACUGUCGAUCUUGUUACCGAGUACACAGGGGGGAUACGUACCAUCAAGGUCAUGGUAGACAUUGCCAUGAGCUUCUCCCCAACCACCGCUGCACGGCUCAAACGUCGUCGAGACAGCCAUUUCUCGAGCGUCCUGCCACCCUCCGAGAAAUGCUCCCGACGAAGCACUAGCGAUUGCCCGCCCAACCAUGCUGGCGUGUUGUCGGAUCCCGGUGGCGUGCUCACCACUGCGUUUGAGCUAUCCACGAUUCAGACCGAUUCCGAGGCCAUGGUCAUUGCCGCCGAAAUGAGCAUCGACUUCUACAACGAAGCGUUCGCGUUGUAUAACAUGAUGUCUGACUUUCGAACCUCGGGCAGCGAAGCGACCACCAUGGACGUGCUCAUCGCCCGUCUCGACCUGCACGUCCACGACGAGCGCAUCCUGGCCGACGUCGAGAACGUGCGCAACAUCUAUCGCGGCCUCAUUCAUGUGUUUGUGUACCUGUACCGCGAGCAUUACCGGCAAUUUGCCCAAUUGGACAUGGCGUCGCACCUGUCGCUGUGCUGGCAUCGCCUCGUGGCAUUUGCGACUGAGUACCGUGUUUUGGACCCCAAAGUCUUGCACGGGUCGUACGAAUAUACGAUGUCGCUUGUUCGUCAAAAGUGAAGGGACACUCAACCGUCCAUUGUAGUUGUAGAGUGUGACCGUGUAAUAACAGGACAACAGUGAAUAGUUUUGAUUUUUGCAUC